UAUAAAAGUAAAAUAGCGAGACAUUCAUUCGUAUUAGUAAGCCGUUUAUUGAGUAAAAAGACACGUAUACUAUUGACAGUCUAUGGCAUAAAUUAAUCGACUUUUCUGAGUUCUUCUUUAUUACUUAGUUUAUGAGCAUUACUUAUUAAUAAUUAAUCAUCAUCGUCUUUGCCUUAAAUUUUCGUUGAUAAUUGUUUAUAGUUUUGAAUCUACGAGGGGGGUUUUUUGCUCUGAAUAAAACGGAACUUAAACGGUCCUCUUUUGUGUGCUGCCUAUCAGAUUGCAGUGCCCAAUCAGGCGCGUGAUUAUCCUUCGAUGUGACGUACAAAUGUUAUCUUCCAGCUUCCCACAUAUAUUCAUACGUAUCUAGAUAUUCGCAUUUAUUCGAUUCGCAAUUUGUCAUAGGAGAGUUUAUCGAAGGAAAUUAUUGGCGUUCAGUAAAACUGACGCCGAUGCCAUUAUAUUAUGUUCAACGAAAGCUUAACUAACACGGAAGAUAACAUCAGAGUCUGUUUUUCAUUGAAAGUUAAUUUCGAUAUCACAGGAUCGGUGUACACUGCUCAUAUUAUUACUCUUGUUGCUAACUCUCUGACCGCACCUACAGCCAUCUUCGGGAAUCUGUUGGUGCUAAUUGCGGUCUUGAGGACGAAGAGUUUAUAUUCGCCUUCGAUUGUACUUCUUUGUUGUCUUGCUUUGUCGGACUUAAUGGUUGGUCUUGUUGCACAACCUUGCUUCGUAGCACAUAAGAUUGGUGAACUUACGGAUAAUAUUAAUAUAUACUGUAUAACUCGAGUCGUAUCCGAAACUGCUGGGUUUGUAACAGUUGGCGUAUCGACCCUGACAUUGACUGCUAUAAGCGUGGAACGAUACCUUGCGCUGAAGUUACAUCUUCGUUACCGGGAAGUCAUCACUUGCAAGAAAGUCUUAGUAGUAGCUAUUUCAUUCUGGUUGAUAGUGCUACUACUUUGGGGAGUUCGUUUUGUGGCUCAUAAUAAGACGUUUGAUGCUGUCGUAGUGUUAUUGCUACUAAUGGCCCUUGGAUUAACCCUUGGCUGUUACUAUCAGAUUUUCAAGACAGUUCGAAGACACGAAAAUGAAAUUAAGUGUCAAACUACAACUCAAAACGAAAGCAUUUCGGGAACAACUUCCGGACAGCGGGAAAAUAGGAUUGUAAGAAACUCCUCUUGUGCACAACCUCCAGAAACAGAAGCAAGAAAAUCACGAAGAAGAAUGCUACGAUACAAAAAAUCCACGUCAGCAAUGGUGUACAUCCUAGGUGUCUUUAUCGUUUGUUACGUUCCAAUUCUAAUAGUUAAUAUUUCGAUAAUAAUACGAGGAUAUACGAAAAGCGAAAAGAUUGCUUAUGUCUACACUAGUACAAUACUUCUAAUGAAUUCUUCAGUAAACCCAAUCAUCUAUUGCUGGAGAAUAUCUGAUAUCCGGCGAGCCGUUAAAUCAACUAUAAAUAAGCUUGUGCGUGUAUAUGAUGUCAGUGAGUCUGUGCAUUUUAGUGUGGAGCGAUCUGCUACUAUUGCAAGAUAAUAGAUUAAGCUCGUACUACGGCAAGAAACCUAAAUAAUAAGCGAAAACUAGUCGAAUCUUCUAAAUGCCAAAACUUCCAUAUUCUUCCCUUAAAUAUAUAAAUAUCUCAAAUAUAAACAAGAUCGUGCGACAUCUUCAGUGAUGUGAUAGCUGAGCUUGUGCAAGUAGCGAAGCCAGCGAAACUGUUUAGCAAAUGAAGGGAAACUUAAUAUAAAAAAGGAAAAAUUGUCAAAGGUUAAAAUCCGCAAAUCUAUGAAAUCUCUAAAUGUUUUUAACUUGAAUAAGGACUGCUUUAGUACAAAGAAAAAGCAAAAAGAUUAUAAGUAACUGUAGAAUGUUGGAUAGACUCAGCUUUGCUGGGCUCUUGUCCAAAGUAAAAGCAUAAGUGUUUUUAUUUUUUAUUCAAUUAUUAAUGAAUUCUUAAUUUAUAUUGAAUUUAGUUAAAUGAGCCCAGAAACUUAGUGUGCGCAGAUAGCUAAUAUCUAUCUUGAUGGCAUUUGAGACAGUUGAGAUUAAAAGGAGAGUUGCAAAGGAGUAAAGAAAGAAAUAUUGAAGCGAACGAACGAAUGAGAAAAAGAGAGAGA